UAUGUUUAAAUCGAGCUGGUAAAAAAACUGAACGUGCUAUAGGAGAAAUAGCUGCAGCAUGGAAUCAACAGAUGCAUAUACCAAAUGUUGAGCUUAUUUAUGAUUCAGCAAGUCAGUUAGAUCAAAUUGAUACAGUUAAAGUUACAAGUGCUCAACCAACAUAUAAAACAACUGAUGAUAUGUUAGUAGAUAUAUUACAACGUGAAGGUUGUUUACUUGUGAAACCAAAGAAUUGGUUCGCACAUUGUGUUAUGGUUUUAACACCUGAUUUAAUCAAUAACGAAGAAAAAACAGGCGUGAUAACAGAUGCAUCAUCAUCACCAUCAACAACGGUCAAAACUCAUUACAAUUUUGAUGAACUUGUUCAUAUUAAUCUUGCUCUUUAUGAAGAAGCAAUUGAUAUUCAAUUAGAUAAUCUUUCAAUGAUUUAUGCUAACAUGGAUUCAAUUCUUCAUUCUCAAUAUGAUAUUGAUAGUACAUUAGAAUAG